UGCUGGGUGAAUUUAAAGUCCAGCUGUUAUCUCUCAGAGAGAGAGAAGAGGACAGAAUCACCUAGCAGACACUGUCCAGGUUGUGUUCAGACUGAUCUGGUGGAAAAAGGGGAAAAGAUGUUACACCAGAGGAGCUCAGGCCUUGUUCUGCUGCUGGUUCUGCUGUGGGCUGCUGCUUCUUGUCCGUGUCAGGCUCCUGAGAAGAAAUGUGACUUUGUGUGUGACUGUACUGACUGCAGCGAUGAGCAGGACUGUGGCUACAGAGGAAAAGGGUUUGAGUGUGACUUUGAGGAUGCAGGAAUGUGUGGAUGGACUGAUGAGUCCCUCAGUGCCGCGUACAGCUGGGAGAGACAUCAGCGAGGGGACAUGCUGCCCAACAGUGGGCCAUCCUCUGACUACACCAUUGGGACAGCUACAGGCUGGUUUAUGGCAGUCAGUGCAGUGAGGACAGAGUCUCUCAGUUCUGCAGUGUUAAUUUCUCCAGAGAUGAAACAGUCCUCACCAACUUGUCGUCUUCGUCUCCGAUAUUUCCUGUGGGAUUCAGGUCACACAGGACUGGGCUCUACACCCUUGUGGGCAUCUGUCCUUCACCAAGACUCUCGAGAGGCCACAGUUUGGCGUCCUGAAGCCAUUAGUGUCCGUGGCUGGAGGGAGGCUACCAUCUUUCUGGGCCGUAUUCCUGAACGCUUCCAAAUACGUCUUCACUCACAGUGCUCCAAGGGGGAAAAAGGAGAUGUGGCGGUAGACCAGCUGGAGUUUCUGGACUGUGCUCUGCCCUUACCACUCCUUGGUAAAGUGUAUCCAGCAGACAUGCUAAAGUGUAAGAACGAGGCCUAUGUGGAGCAGCGGCAGGUUUGCGAUGGCAGUGACGACUGUGGCGAUAAGACUGAUGAGGAGAACUGCGAAGGAUACCAGCUCUGUGACUUUGAGGAGGGCCUGUGUGGUUGGGACCUGAGGUCACUGUCCAGCCUGAUAUGGGUUCGGACGAGUCAGGAGAACAUCUCUAUGACAGAUCCUCUGCAAGGACCAGGCAGAGAUCACUCCACCAACAGUGCAUCAGGUGCCUUCCUGUAUGUCACUGUACCUGACGGUGGUCUCUCUAGAGACUGGGCUGCUUUCCAAAGUCCUGUUCUUGAACUCACCAAUAGUUCACAUCCUUGCAAGAUGGUGAUGUACACCCACCAGUUCGGGCCAAGGUCGGGCGGUCUGACCGUGCUGGUGGUCGAUCGUACCAUCUAUCCAGUGUGGAAGAGGGGCGGAGCCCUGGGCGAUGUCUGGGUGAAGGCAGAGGUGGAGAUUGUCACCAGCUCCCCUUUCCAGAUUCUCAUAAUGGCAGCAAUCAGGAACUUUACAUAUGGUGGCAUUGCUAUCGACAGCAUUAUGUUGUCUCCUGGUUGCCGCUUAUCAUCUGGGAAUAUUUCAGUAACAAAAUUCCCUAAACCUCCUAAACACCCAUGCACUGUGCCGGACAAGAUGUGCGAUUUUCACCUUGACUGUGCAGGAUCAGAGGAUGAAGCCAAAUGUGGGGAUUUCUUCUACACUGAGGGCAGCUCAGGCUGGACUGACACCAGCAUUGGGAGUCAAGGUUGGGUGCUAUAUAAAAACUCCACAUCCAAAGAGGAGUAUUUGUAUGUGGCCGAGGCCCCAGGCCAGCAGCUGACUGAGGCUCAGACACGGACGCCUCUCCUCGGCCCCUCCGGGCCAGCCUGCACUCUCAGCUUUGAUUUCGCACUAACAGGGAAUGCAGAUCACAUUGGUGAGCUGUCAGUCAGGGUGAUUGACAGCUUGCUGGGCACAGGGCCCAAACUGUGGGAAUUCGGCGGGAAGACAGGAGCAGGGGAAGAGGCGUGGAAACACAUCAAUGUACCUAUUGGAGCCAGGAAACAUCGCUUCCAGCUGGCAUUUGAAGCUCGUGCAGUGAAACUAUACCUAUACUCCAAGAUUAAAGUGAAAAAUGUUCGCUUCAUCACCUGUCACGCUGACUAUUUUCCAUCAUCCCCGACAGGACUGUCAUGUAACUUUGAAGAUGGACUUUGUGGAUGGUAUCAGGACAAGGGUGACAACUUUGACUGGGCGCUGCUCAAUGGGUCGGACCAUACUAUCGGGAUUGGCACAAGCCUUGUUGUGGACAUGUGGAGUCCCUCUCUGCGCGGUCUGUUCGGACGCUUAGUUUCAUUUCCUCAGUCACCAACUCCUACAGAUUACUGCCUGUCCUUCUUCUACAAACUCUAUGGGCUGAACACAGGUGCUCUGAAUGUGAAGCUGUUAGACAACAGAAGUGACGGGACCAUCCUCUGGACCCGCAGCGGGGCUCAUGGCAACAUGUGGCAUGAGGCACAUUGCCCAGUACCACACCAGCUCACAACGUUUCAGCUGAUGGUUGAGGCAGUUCGCUCUGGUUUUGAUGGGCGCAUGGCCAUUGAUGAUGUGGCGUUUGUGGCCCAUCCAUGCGCCAUGCCAAGGCUGUGUUCCUUUGAAGGCCAAAAGUGUGGGUACAGCAGCUCUGGCAAAGUUCACUGGCUCCAUCGCAGCGGACACACCACCACGACAACUGGACCUAAAACUGACCACACUCUGGAGACUGAACUGGGUUUCUACAUGAUGGCUAACACUGGCGCAAACAUCCUUCCUUCUGGAGGUGCCACAGUCCUCACCUCCCCUGUUCGCCAAGGAACCACCAAGACAGUGUGUGUCAGUUUCUGGUACCAGACCGGAGGAGUGAAUCCUGGUUCUCUGACGGUGUAUAUGAAGCUGGUUAAAGGACAGAGGGUGAAGAUCUUCUCUGACAGUUUGAACCAAGGAGAUGUCUGGCGCCACGGCUAUGGCAACAUCUCGAGCGCCCUUGUGGACUGGCAGUUGGAGUUUGAGGUGGUUGGAGCUGGAGGCAAAAACACUUAUGUCGCAGUUGAUGACAUCUUCCUUUCAGCUCACCCAUGUGAAGAUCAAGGUUCUAAGUGCGGCCUGGAGAGAGGGAUGUGCAGCUGGAGCAACACUCAAAACAUAAAAAUGGAUAAACUGGACUGGGAGCUGACGAGUCCAGAGGUUGAGAAGCACUACUCCACUCCCCCUGAAGACCACACUCUGGGCACAGAGAAAGGUCACUUCCUGUUCUUCCCAAGCAGCAAUCGGACGGCAGCCAAUCAAAAUGCUCAGCUGCUGAGCCCUUUCCUGCCCCCGACCAAGGGUACCUGUCUGCAGUUCUGGGCCUACAAACACUACUCAUCGGACAGCCAGCUGAAGGUUUGGGGGCUGUCCAAAGGUCAUCUCAAUGAGCUGCUGCUGGUGAGUGAAGUGGGAGGACUGUGGAAACGCUUUGACGUCAACAUCACAUCUACUUAUGAAUACCAGAUUGUGUUUGAGGGAAUCGGAGGCACAUCAGGUGUUGUGGCUCUAGAUGACAUUGAGUACACCGUCGGGGUCAACUGCACUAACAGAGUCCCAGAUUUAGUUACAACUUCAAAGAGAGACAACGCAGCAGGGAUCGCAGCGUCCGUCAUCGUGGCCCUACUGCUGAUUGGCACAUUGAUCGCCCUGCUGAUUUACUACCUGCGAACCGUACAGAGAGUCAAGGCUAUGACGUCAUCAUCACCAUCUUCUGGUGAUGUUGGUGUCAGUAAUGAUUUAUAUGAACCAAACCCCACGGUGAGUUAAUCUGUCAUUCAAACCUUGGACAACACUGAACCAUCACCAGGCCCAAAUGGAAGCUGCAGAUUAUUAUUAUUAUUAUUUUUUUUUUUAACAGUUUUCUGUGGUUUUUCAGGAUGGCAAUUUGUGGAAUACUGUGGAGUGAUUUUGUCUUUUUUUUUUUUGCUUGUACAAGAAAAUAUUAAUUUAGCUAACUUUAUUUAUUGAGCAAAGGUAAGCACAAAAAUGCAUCAAAUCAACCUAAAAUAAUCUCGAACAGGGUGAAAGAAAUCACUUUAUAUGAACUUUUAAUUUUAAGUUCAGUUUCUUUAGAUGUAUGCUACUGACCAACCACUGCAUAAUAACCGGGGGGGUACCGGUGCAAGUUUUCACACAAUCAUGUUAAGAGACAAUAUCUUUGUUAACAGACAUUAACCUGGGUUGUUCACAUAGGCUCCUGAGGGGAACAGCUCUAGAAGGUGAUAUGAGAAGUGUCACAGAUUGUUGUAUAAGGAACGAAAAAGCACCAGACAGAGAUGGUGAACCAGCCACUCAAGGUGUGAAGUAGAUGGGAAUGUCAGAUCCUUGGAUUGGAAAAUGACAAAAGACAUUCACAUCAUCACAACUGUUGUGCACAUGCAGUCGGGGACAAACACGUGUUUACAUUGUGCGUUUCUACUUUCUUUUCAAAAUCUGUGGAGUUGUCGGCGCAGUCUGUUUGGGCCUGACCAGCAGUAUUAAAUGAUCGUUCUAGUGUGUUACAAGUUGGGUCUUAUUGUAUUGCAUUCCCAGAUCUCAGCAAUUACCUUUGUGAGAACAGUGUUAUCACAAAUGAUAGAUGUGAUGGCCAAAACUACACAAGUACUGUAUGUCCCGCUGUGUACUUAACCAUUUCUAAGUCAAGUCAUUAUGCCUCUGUAACAUCUGCAACACUUUGUAAGUUCCUCAGGUGAUAAAACUACACUUCAAAAAAACCCACCUGAUCACGUUAAAUAUACCGGAGUCUUUCUGUCUCCUCUUAUUGUAUGCAAAUUAUUUAUUACUCACUAUAGUUUUAGCCAAUAAGAUCCAUUGAAGCUGCAGACUCGGUGGGAUUUGCUUAAUAAGCAUCCCUUUCACAAUACAGGGAGGGAUUUGAUUUAAAGAAAACACUUUUCUUUAAAGCUUUAAUUUUACUUACAGUACAUUUUUAGAGUUAACAUGAUAUUAAAAUAAUUUAUGAGGCUUAAUAUGAAUUAUUCCUAGCACUCAUUUUUGUUUUUUACCUCUCAAAUAUGUUUA